AUGGACAACAUCGACGAGGAAUAUGACCGGCUUGUCGAACACCUUCACGACUGCGCGAAGAAGGCUGAGAGUUUUAAAACCACCAGGAGGCGUCUGUCUCUUGAAACUCUUGAGCUGAUACGCCAGCGUGGAGCAGCACGAGCCGCAGGGAACCAAGAACUCACGUCCGAGCUCGCAAGGCUUUGCCGAGAGGCGAUAAAGGAAGACCUUAAAGAGAGAAGAGUAGAAGUGCUGGUUGAAGCUGCAGAGGCGGGUAAAAGCAUCCGCUAUACCCGUCGAGACUUCGCCAGUUGCAAGAUGAGGAUGACUGCUCUCCGGAACCCAAAGGGAACAGCCAUUUCAUCGAGAAGGGGGAUGGAGAAAAUCAUCUACGACUUCUACUCUGAUCUCUUCGACAGCCAUGUCCACUUGCCUCCUCACCAUCUGAGGACUGAUGGACAUGUCACUCUAAAGGUUCCCUCUUCCAAAAUAUGA